CGAGACCAGGCGAGAGGAGCUCAGGGGCCCGAAGCACGACCCGGCGUUCCCAUGAGGAACGGCAGCACGAUGGUCCACGCCGCCGCGGCGACGGGCGUGGCGCCGCGGUACAGGGGCGUGCGGAAGCGGCCGUGGGGCCGGUUCGCGGCGGAGAUCCGGGACCCGGCCAAGCGGGCGCGCCUCUGGCUCGGCACCUACGACUCCGCCGAGGCCGCCGCGCGCGCAUACGACGCCGCCGCGCUCGCCCUCCGCGGCCCGCUCGCGCUCACCAACUUCCCCCUCGCCUCCCACCUCCCGCCCCCGCCCCCUCCUCCCUGCGGCCGCCGCCGAGCCAGCCCCGCGUGCAGCGCCAGCUCCACCGUCGAGUCCUUCAGCGGGCCCAGGCCGCCCCGAGGCACCCGCCUCCCGCCCCGCGCUCCGGCGCCGGCACCCGCGCGCCCGGACGACGACGGCGGCUGCCACAGCGACUGCGCGUCCUCGGCCUCCGUCGUGGACGACGCCGGCGACGAGGCGGCGUCCGGCGGCAGGUCCCGCGCGCCGGCGCCGCUCGGGUUCGACCUCAACCUCCCGCCGCCGGAGGACCAGGAGCAGCAGGGGCUCUGCACGGACCUCCGGCUCUGGUAG